AUCAUUACCAUGGGCUGAUGCAAUAGAUCCAUGAUGGGAUACCAUUUUCUGCAAUUCUUAUAGUCAUCAGUCAUCACAGUAGGAUUAUGAGCACAUAAAGAGUUUGCAAACUCGAAAGCUGUUUGUUGUUUUGAUCAAAAUAUCGGAAAAUAUGUGGCCUUUUUGGUGGAAAGGACCAUCUGGGUUCUCACCUAGAUCAACAGCCGAGCAAGUUACUCAAGGGAUUGAUGCAACUGGUCUCACUGCCAUUGUUACAGGAGCCUCGAGUGGUAUUGGAACGGAGACCACACGUGUUCUUGCUUUGCGUGGUGCCCAUGUAGUUAUGGCAGUAAGGAAUGUGGAAUCUGGUAGGAAAGUCAAAGAAGAAAUACUCAAGGAAUUCCCUACUGCUAAGAUUGAUGUUAUGCAUCUAGAUCUCAACUCAAUGGAUUCAGUGAGGAAAUUUGCAUCGGAAUUUAUAUCUUUGGGUCUUCCACUGAAUCUCCUAAUUAACAAUGCAGGCAUUAUGGCAGCUCCUUUCAUGCUUUCCCAAGACAACAUAGAAAUGCAAUUUGCAACCAACCAUGUGGGCCAUUUUCUCCUGACAGACCUUGUAUUGGACACCAUGAAAAAGACAGCACUUGAAAGCGAUCAAGAGGGAAGGAUUGUUAUCUUAUCAUCAGAAGCUCACCGUUUUACAUACAGUGAGGGAAUUCGUUUUGAUAAAAUCAAUGAUGAAUCAGGAUACAACAGUAUUUGGGCUUAUGGACAAUCAAAGCUUGCUAAUGUAUUGCAUGCUAAUGAGCUCACUAGGCGCCUUAAGGAAGAAGGGGUCAAUAUAACUGCUAAUUCACUUCAUCCUGGAGCAAUUAUGACCAAUCUUCUGCGUUUCCACAGUGUUAUUAAUAGUGUUGUAACUAUGGUUGGCAGAUUUGCGCUAAAAAAUGUUCAACAGGGAGCUGCAACUACAUGCUAUGUGGCAUUGCAUCCACAAGUUAAGGGGGUAAGCGGAGAAUAUUUCAUGGACAGUAACCUGUCCAAAGCUAGCUCUUUGGCUAAAGAUGUAGAACUGGCCAAAAAACUAUGGGAUUUCAGCUUGAGCUUAACCAACCCCAAGUAGUCCUCUGAGCUGUGCUGUGUAUUGAAGUAGUUGUUUCUUGUUUUGGGGAAGUCAGGAAACUUGCAAACUUGUUUUACAGUUUAUACAUACGAACCUGUUUCGUGUAUUAAAUCACAUUGUAUCUAUUUCUAAAUGGGUGGUUAAAGAUUGGAGGUCCCCCGCUUUCCCAUGUUGGUUUAA